CACCUGCCACAAACUUCCUCUUCUCGAAAAUUUGCUGGCCAGGGAAAAAAAAAAAAAAAAAAAAAAACAGUUUCGAUACCGAAGAAGGAAACUUGACUUUCCCUGUGGUUGUUUUAUGUCGUCAAUGGAGACUUCCACGGAGAAGGCGGCAGCGGCGGCGGCGGCUCAGGUGGACGAGGCGGCCGGCGGCGAGGCCGAGAGGCCGGCGUCCGCGGACUGCGGAGCUAGCCUCUGUCAGUUCGGAGACCCGUCCGGAGAGCCACCGCUCUCUCUGAAUCAGUUUAAAGUCAAGAAGUUCUUCGUUCUCAGGCCCGGCACACUGCACCAAGCCGUCAAAGAGAUUCAAGUUCUUGUGGAUCCACGAGUCGACGGCAACAUUCUCGGCAUCUGGCUUCUGGCAGAAGUGGAUCACUGGAACAACGAAAAGGAGCGCCUGACUCUCAUCACCGACAACUUCCUGCUCAUCUGCAAAUACGACUUUGUCAUGUUCCAGUGCGAGCAGAUCCAGAAGAUCCCGCUCAACAUGGUGGAUCGCAUCUGCUACGGAAGCUUCAGCUUCCCGCCCAAAUCCGUGCUUCACCGAGAUGGCGAAGGCCUGCGCGUGUUCUGGGACCGCCUGAGGGAGCCGUCCUUCGUCUCCUGGUGGAACCCCUUUGCCACCGACCUGCCCUACAUCACCUUCACAGAGCAUCCCGUGAGGAAGCUCAGUGACGCCUUUGCUACCAUUUGCAACAUGGAGAACUUCCGAGAACAGCUCAAAGAGGCGGCGCAGAAGGCCCACAAGGCCAAGCCGGUGCCCGGGAAGGCCAACGGCGUCCUGCUGCUGAAUCAGAGCAUUAGCAUCAAGGCCUACAUGGGCUUCAUGUCCUUCCUGGGCAACACCAACAAGCUGGGCUACAGCGUGGCCCGCGGAAACCUCGGCUUUUAGGCCUGGCUUUCAUGGUACUUUAAUUAAUGUCCUCAAUUUGCUGCCAUUUUGUUUGGACAGGUGUAGACUAAGGAAUCGAACUAGGAUGCUGACCAAAACAACUCGUCAGUUCCAAACAAUUUGGGCACGGUUUAGUUGAGAAUUAUUACAAAACAAAUAUACUGUGCAGUGAACCCCCACUAUUUGCAGAGGAUAGGAACCAAGCCCUGCCCAGAAUAGUGAAAACCGAAAAAGUAUUGUAAUUGCCUACAGAUGCCUGAAGAUGGCAGUGAUGCGCUGCAUGAAGCUCCUCAACUCACUUCGACAUAAUUCCUCGCAACAAGAUGCCACAAGACGGCAGCAAAGCAGUACUUCUAUUUUUGGGCAAAGCAAUACUUUUUUGGGGGGGCUUUGGACUAAGCACGAAAACGGUGAAUAGGUGAUUUUAUUUUAUUUAUUUUUUUUGUGAAUAACAGGAUGGGUUCCCUAAAUAAAUCCGUGAAUAUCUUCCAUUUCUGAGCCGCUUCUCCUCACGCGGGUCGCGGGCGUGCUGGAGCCUAUCCCAGCUGUCAUCGGGCAGGAGGCGGGGUACGCCCUGAACUGGUUGCCAGCCAAUCGCAGGGCACAUAGGAACAAACAACCAUUCGCACUCACAGUCAUGCCUACGGGCAAUUUAGAGUCUCCAAUUCAUGCAUGUUUUUGGGAUGUGCCCGGAGAAACCCCACGCAGGCACGGGGGGAACAUGCAAACUCCACACAGGCGGGGACGGGGAUUGAACCCCGCACCUCAGAACUGUGAGGCUGACGCUCUAACCAGUCGACCACCGUGCCGCUCCUGUGAAUAUCCUCAUUAGCAAAUUCCAAACUGUGACUGUGCAGGGAUGUGCUAUAUAGCAAAACUACUCAUCAAAAAAGAAUUACAAUAAUAAAAUGUAAAGUGCUCGCCAAAUAAUGGUUUAGUUCAGAAUGAUAAUACAAAAAUAUAUAAAGUAGAGGAGACCGUUACCCUUUUAGUUUUUGAUACGUUGCAAGACAAAUUGAACCGUUUUAAAGUUGCAAUCUAGAGAAAAAAUAUAUAUUUUAGAGAUUAAAAAAAAAAAAAAUUGGGAUAAAAUGUCUUCUGCUGGUCCUAAUUUUUCUUUUUUCUUUUUCAUAUAUUUAAAAAAAAAAACUGACCCAGAGAAGCCCAACUUGAACGCACCUUAAACACUUUUGUUUUGCUUUCUUUGCGACUUUGGGUGACUUUCUUCUUCUACUGUUGACGCCGCACCGAUAUGCUAAUUUGUCUCUCUGUCGCGCAACGGGACUCCUUGCUUCCUCUCUCGGUGCCUCCGUUCAAAAAAGCCGCUCAGCGCACCGUUCGCAUCCUCCUCGGAGAUUCACCCGAAGCAGAGCGGAGGGUGCCGCUGUCACUGUAGCUUUAUUUUUCUAAACAUCCAAUUGUUUGUGUAUUUUUACACCGAACUUUUGUGAUGCUGAGUGUGUGUCUGCUGACAGUCAAGGCAGCUGCUGUCCCUGUUAUCGCAAACAAUAAGCUUUUCUCAUGAUCACAAAUAUACUUAUUGUUUGUUGUGUACCUUUACACGGAACUUGCAUGUUUGGCUCGAUGAAGAGCGAGAUAAUGAUGCAUCCACACGGGAAAGUCCCUAGUUUACCAGUUUUUCCUGUGUGAUAUUCUUUUUCUACGUGCAGUGUACAAGGACUCCUGACGAAUGCUGCAGUUACGUAACGUUAAUCACAAACAUACAAUUGUGUAUUUUGACUGCGUGACGCUCCGUUUCUAUAUGCAGUAUACAAGUUCAUCUAGUUAACGGGGGCAACUGCUUAAGGAGCGGACUUGUGAUGCCAAACAUACAAUUGUGUUUUUGUGUUUUUACUUGGCGACACUGCAUUUGUCUUCUGAUUUUCACAGCAGCCGCUGUCGUGCUUUUACAUUUGAACCAUCUCAUGAUCUUAAGCGUACUGCUUUUUUACAUAUCAUUUGUCUUUUUGUUGAAUGACCUCACUGACAUAUAUUUACACUUAACACUUAAAGUAAUGUCAAAAUGGACUACUUAAGAGGUUCGAUAUGUUGGGGAUCUAUUCAAGCCUUGUAGUUUGCACUGCAAAUCUACAGAGGGCAUCAUAGACAAUUGUUGUUUGGUAUAAUAUGACAAUACAGACCGGCACGAUUGUAUCAUCACAUUUCUACUUUGGUUUUAUUUGAUUUUGGGGGAAGGACAAAGUUUUUGUUAUUUUGUUACAGCAAAGCAAAUGUUAAUGGUAUUUGCGGAUCACUUGGAAAAAAAUAAUGAGAGAUUUGUUCUUGAUUUUUGCAAUUUGAUUUGUUGCUUGACUUUCGCUAACUUAUUGAAUAAUAUAUUGAAUUUAUAUAAUGUUAAGAACAAAUCCCAGUCACAAACAGAAUUCAUUGUUUGUUGCAAUUUUUCACACGGAACCUGGUUUUUACUAGUCGAUGGUCUGUGUAGCUGCUGUCCCACUGAUACUUAACAUUGAGUGGUAUUGUGAUUGCAAACAUACAAUUGUUUGUUGUGCCCCACAAACCGUGUUUGGUUUUACAAGGUGAUGUUCUGUUUGUGUCUUCUGUCCCCUCUGAUAACUAACACUGGGGCGCCCUAGUAGUCACAAACGUACAAUUGUUUCUUGUGCAUUUUCACACAAAACGUGUCUUUCUGCAAGGUAACACUGUUUUCUGACUAACAUGGGAGUAGUAGGUCCACUUCUAAUAAAUAUUGAGCUGUCUCGUGAGCACAAACAUGCAA